AUGAAUGCAGCCGAUCCGUUUGUGAUAACGUCGCGCGAGCGGCUCAAGUAUGACGAGCAAUUUAAAUCGCUGCAACCGGUCAACGGAGUUGUCACUGGUGGCCAGGCCAAAGGAUUCUUUCUCCAGAGUCAACUGCCGCCGCAGAUACUCGGUCAGAUAUGGGCCCUUGCCGACACGGACGCCGAUGGCCGGAUGACGUUGGGUGAAUUUAGCAUCGCCUGCAAACUGAUCAAUUUGAAGCUGCGUGGCUUCGAAAUACCCAAGACUUUGCCACCAACGCUCAUCGCAUCGCUAACGGCCGUCGGGGGAACGCCAACGCUCACGCCAACCACCGGCCUGAGCCCACUGGAUCCGUUGAAAUCGUUGGCCGGCUCGAUAGGCACUGGCCCGGUUGCGGCGGCCCCUCUCACACAACAGCAACCACUCAUGGGGCCAGGAAUCGGUGUUCCGGCGCCACCAACACCACCUCAUUCAGGCGGUGGAACCCCGGCCCGCUCGAUGUCCAUCUCCGAGCGGGCCCCAUCCAUUGAGUCACCAGGACAAGUGGAAUGGGCCAUCAAGGGACCGGCAAAACUCAAGUACACUCAACUCUUCAACACGACCGAUCGCAACCGAAGCGGCUACCUUACCGGCCCGCAAGCGCGCAAUAUUAUGGUGCAGACGAAGCUCCCACAAGCGUUGCUGGCGCAGAUCUGGGCCCUUGCCGACAUGGACACCGAUGGGCGUCUCGGAUGCGAGGAGUUCGUACUCGCCAUGUAUCUGUGCGAUGUGGCGGCCGCUGGUGAAAAGGUACCGACCACGUUGCCACCCGAUUUGAUUCCACCUUCCUUCCGGAAGCCAAUCUCACGGCACGGUUCGGUGGUCGGGUCGCGUCACGGUUCCGUUUCAUCGCAAGGCACACCGUCAGUGCACGCGGCUGGAGUGGAGCUGGAUCCUCUCUCCGGGUUACCGCAAACUUCGUUUGAGGAUAAACGCAAAGAGAACUUCGACAAGGGCCAGGCGGAGCUAGAAAGACGCCGAAAAGCACUGAUGGACAUCCAGAAAAAGGAACAAGAGGAACGCGAGCGGAAGGAGCGCGAGGAACAGGAGAAGAUCCGUAAAGCCAAACUGGAGGCGGAACUGAAGAAGCAACAGGAGCUCGAGAAGGAACUGCAACGUCAGCGGGAGCUGGAGCAGGAGCGAGAAGAGCAGCGGAAACGAGAGCUGGAGAAGAAGGAGCUUGCGCGCAAAGAACUGGAGAAGCAACGCCAACAGGAAUGGGAAACACAGAAGAUUUCGGAAAUGCAGCAGCAGCGACAACGCGAGCAGGAGAAUGUGCUGAAACUGAAGGCGCAGAACCAGGCACUGGGCGUUGAGCUGAGUACGUUCAACGAGCGCAUCAAGGAACUGUCACAAAAAAUCUGCGAUACCCGUGUCGGGGUCACCAACGUCAAGAGCACCAUCGAUGGCAUGCGUACCACACGUGACACGCAGAUGAGCGACAUGGCCCAGCUGAAGGUGAAGGUGAAAGAGCAAAACCAGCGGCUGGUACAGCUGAGUCAGGAGAAGACGAAGCUGGAUGCCAAGAAUAAGACCGGCGAAACCGAGAGUCAGCUGCAGUUCACCAACAAACAGAUUGUCAUCCAGCAGCUGAAAGAUAAGCUGGAAAACACGAAACAGCAGAUCGAUAGCAAAUCGAGCGAUAUCAAUCUAAACAGGGAGCAGCUGACCGAACUGAAGUCCCAGCUGACCGGGCUGAUCGAUUCGUGCGAGAAGCUGUACGGCGAGUACGACAUGCAACGCAUUCAGAUUCUGGAGAUGAAAAAUAAUCGCAAAAACGAAUCGUACAGCACGAGCGCCUGGGACACGGGAAGCGCGUGGCAGGACUCAAGCGCCGUGGAUACAACGAACAACGAUCCAGUGGCACCCGCGGCGACCAGUGCCGACAAUUUGCCAACCCCACCCGGCUACGUGAAGUACCGGGCGAUCUACGAGUUUAGUGCGCGCAAUGGUGACGAAAUUUCCUUCCAACCUGGUGACAUUGUGAUGGUACCACUGGAGCAGAACGCUGAACCGGGCUGGCUGGCGGGUGAAAUCGGCGGCCAUACCGGUUGGUUCCCGGAAACGUACGUCGAAAAGGUCGACAGCAACCUGAACGUGGUGGAAGCGGUCCCCGACACGAUAGCGUACGCUGAGCCUGAGCCGGACCCGUACGUAGCUGCCACCGUACCGCCCGCCACCACCACCGACUACACUGCCGCCAAUGACACCGAAGCAACGUGUAACGGAGAUGUUGAGUAUUACGUGGCCUGCUACGCGUACCAAUCGGCGGAAGCGGGCGACCUGGUGUUCGAUGCGGGCGAAACGAUUGCAGUGUCGAAGAAGGAGGGUGACUGGUGGACGGGUACCAUCGGCAACCGUACCGGCAUUUUCCCGUCAAACUACGUGACGAAACAGGAAACGGAGGCUAUCAAUGGUAACCAGCCAAUGGCGUUCGAGGAGCAGGCGACGCAACCGGCACAGCAACCCCCGGAAACGCAGUCCCAGCAGCAGUCGUCCUACGAACAGGAAGCGAAACGAAAACAAUCCACCACCGGUGGGAACAUUCAGGACGCAGAGGAUGCACGCAAUCAGGCCGAGGCGGACUCGGAGGUGUCGCAGAUCAACACGCAACCCCCACCGGCUGCGACCGGCAACGAGGAAAACAUACGCUACUCGUCGAUGUCGAUGACGUCCGCCACACCGAGCUUGCGACGGAAAGGUGAGGUGGCACAGGUGAUUGCCCCGUACGAGGCUACCAGCUCCGAGCAGCUGUCGCUUCAGCGUGGCCAGCUUAUUAUGAUUCGGAAGAAAACCGAUUCCGGCUGGUGGGAAGGUGAACUACAGGCAAAGGGAAGGCGCCGCCAGAUCGGUUGGUUCCCGGCCACGUACGUCAAGGUCCUGCAGGGUGGUCGUAACAGUGGCCGCAACACACCCGUUUCGGCGAGCAAAGUGGAGCUGACGGAAACCAUUCUCGAUAAAGUCAUAGCCCUCUACGCGUACAAAGCGCUGAACGAUGACGAGCUGUCGUUCGAGAAAGAUGACAUCAUCAGUGUGCUCGGGCGCGACGAACCGGAGUGGUGGCGCGGAGAACUGAACGGUACCACCGGUCUCUUCCCGAGCAACUACGUUGGCCCGUUCGUAUCGUCCGGUAAGACCGGCAAAGCCGCCCUUUCCCUUGCCGUCAGCUAACAACAGUAGCGUUUGUUCCGUGCUUCCGUUAUUAGUAGAAUUUCGUUAUGCGUUCCAGCGAUCUGCUUUAUGCCAAGAUGCCGUGUUUAUGCCACACGGACACUGCUAAAAGCCGCCUUAUAGUGUACUAUUAUGAUAAACCCCUGUUCCCUUUACUUUACCCUGAUUGAUAGUAAUGCUCAGUGGCCAGCAAUCCAUCCCGAUGCAAGUGGGAACCGAGAGAGAGAGACAGAGAGAGAGGGAAAGAGUGAGAGACACUAGCUUCAC